AUGACCACUAAAAUUAGAUCUCCUAAGAGUGACCAGAGACUCGAUCAAACACUGAGACCUGUACUCCAAACUCCCUUCGUGAAGAAUCCCGCGAAAGAUGUCGAAAAUCACGUUGAAGGCUCUCGGAGAGACCUCAUGAAGCGUGGCUCCACACUCUGUAACAAAGGCGACAGCAACCUCCACGGUGUCCGCGGUGGGCUCACCAAGAAGCAUCUGGAAAAGCUCCAGCGCAAUAGUCUCGCCAGCGACUCGCUGGUUCACAAGUAUUGCGUGAUGCACUGA